CCUUGAGAAAAAAAAAAAAUGAUAAUAAUAAAAUAAAAAAUAACCGCCCACCACAACUGCCCGAGUCGCUAAGCUCUUAAACAUUCAACAUCAGGUCAAAAUUAGCCCAUUCCACCUUCAACACAUAUAUAUACAUACCCCUUCAUCUUACCUUCAUAUAUAUAGAGAGAGAUAGAUUAUAGACACAUACACCUAAUAACUUACUCGUGAGGGUUUCCUUUCAUUCUCAUCUCUAUCCAUCCAUAUAUAUAUAUACACAUACAUAUAUUCACAAGAUACCAGGAAGAGAAUUCUGAGACACCCUUUUGAGUUGUGAUACACACCCUCCAACUCUCUCUCUGUCUCUGAUCUCUCUCUACACAUAUACACCAAAAACAAUGGAGGAAGAGAGUCAUGUUUAUCCAUUGGCACCAGCACGAAUCCAUCAGAGGAGUGACGAAGAGUUCGCCGCCACAAAACCUGAUCUUGAUCUCCACAAGAAGGAGAAAAGAAGCAGUAAGUGUUUGGUGUACGUCCUGGUGGCUAUUGUGUUGCACACCAUAGCACUAUUGGUUUUCGGAUUAGCCGUAUUGCGAAUCAAUUCCCCGAAAGCAAGCCUGAGCUCUGUUUCAAUCAAAACCCUCACAUAUGUCACCGGACAAUCACCUUCUUUCAACGGCACAGUGACCGGUGUGAUGAGAGUGAAGAAUGAAAACUUUGGUAGCUUCAAAUUCGAGAACAGCUUUAAGGUGAUUGUUUUGUACGGAAAUGUGACCGUUGGUGACAUGAAAAUCGAUAGGAGGAGUGUUGGGGGUAGAAAGACAGAGCAUGUGAAUGUUAGUGUUGAAGUGAGGUCUAGUGGGGAAUUAUUGGGUGAUGAGAGUUUUAGGAGUGAUAUGAAUUCUGGGUUGUUGAACCUGAUCAGCUAUGCCAAGUUGAGAGGUGAAGUGCGUGUGAUGAAUUUGAUCAAGAGCCGUAGAACAGUGGAAAUGAAUUGCAGUAUGAGUCUUGAUUUCACGAACAGAGCAGUUCAGGAUUUGCUAUGCAUGUGAUUCUUUUUUCUCUCUCUCUUUUUUUCAUUUGGAAAUUCAUUUAUUGAGUUGUUUGUAAUAUUGAUUUUUGUAUGAAAUAGUGAGAUUAUUUACGUUAA